CGUUGAUGUCUUGCCCAAUGGUCGCAUUAAGGGCUCCUUUAGUUCAAACCCCAUGCAGAGAGCCAGCUUUCAUUCCAAUUAGUCAAAGCAGAUAUUUAAUGAACUCAGCAGAGAAUCUAGAGAUCUAUCAAUAAUUAAGAAUGCUUAAACUCAUCAACUUGAUUAACAACUUGGGAGGCAGCAGCAACCAUUUCUUUUUCCCAUUGGAUUAUGGAAUAAUUUCAUUAUAAACUUUCAUCUUAAAAUAGCAUUCCAUGCAUCUCCCUUAAACUACACUUCUGUGCACAAAUUUCCCCUUUCAGAAAGAGAGAAUGGCUCCUUCUCUACUCAAGCUCAUUACCAUUCUCUCCAUCUUUGUACUACUCACCCUGCAUACUCAGAAAACCCUAUCUUCCAAUAUCCAAGAAGAUGAAGAGUAUGUUCUUGACACGCCUCUGCCCAAUCUCAGGUCAAGAAGCAGGUUCUUAGCCACUGUAAUAAAGGAAGGUACAGAUUGUAAUCACAUUGCUCGCAACAUAUGUAAUGGAGUCUCAGCAAACAGUGGCACAAGCUUGUUGCAGUGCUGCAAGACUCAUUGCAGGAAUGUUCUAGGAGAUGAGAACAACUGUGGGCAGUGUGGUAACAAAUGCAGGUUUGGAGAGCUCUGCUGCAAUGGAAGUUGUGUUAACGUUGCAUAUAAUGCUUACCACUGUGGCAAGUGCAACAAUAAAUGUGCUCCAGGUACUCCCUGCAACUAUGGAUCAUGUGGGUAUGCUUAACAGAUUAUAUAUUUUAGGCACAAACACAAUGCAUAGAUGGAUUUAGCUGUAUUUCUUCAGGCAGCAGUAUACAUGAACAAGUUUGUUUCAAGUUGACUCUUGGUUAUGUUUGUUUAUGGCAAGUUAUCACUCAAAACUAGAUGGAACAAUGUUGAUGUUUGACU